AUGGCUCCAUCAAAGAAGAUUUCGGCGUCGUCGCUGCCUUUUGAGUUAGUAGAAGAGAUACUUCAAAGAACUCCGAUAGAAGCUUUGUUCCGAUUCAAAUCGGUAAGCAAACAAUGGUACGCUCUCUUCAACGACAAGAUAUUCUUCUACAAACACUUAGAUCACUCCAAAGAAGGAUUCAUGCUAAGCGAUCAUAAAUCGUUUAAGCUCUUUAAUGUGGAGCCGAAAGCUCUCUUAAGUCUACCAAAGCCAGACGUGUUACACAAUUGUAUAUUGAUCCACUGCGACGGAUUAUUACUAUUUAGCUUUGUUAAGAUACGUAAGGAUGGUCAUGAAACAAGAAAGCUCGCAGUUUGGAAUCCGGUCUUGAGACGAGUUAAAUGUAUCGAACUCUCGAGGUCUUACCAAAUUCUUGAUUUCUUCGGUUUUGGAUACGACAAUGUAUCCCGUGACAACUACAAGAUCUUGAGGAUCAAUUAUACUGACUUUACUUAUAAGAAGGCCAAAUCACUAGAGAUUGAGAUAUAUGAGUUUAAGUCUAAACUCUGGAGAAGUGUCAAUGCUACUCUCGAAUGCUGUCCACCGUCGGGAGCUGUGUCUUUGAAUGGAGACAUGUAUUUUAUUUCUCAAAAGACGAUAACGGUUGACAACAAAAACAAAAAGUUCAUCCAAAGUUUUGAUUUCUCCACAGAAACAUUUAAGACCAUAUGUUGUGUUCCAGAUGGAGUUGAGUGGUUUAGUUCUGAUCAUAAUACAUUAGUCUUGUCAGGUUUCGGAAGAGAUAGGCUUUCUUUGUUACAACGACAUGAACAUGUGAAGAUUGAUGUGUGGGUUACAAGCAAGGUGACUGAUGAUGGGAUUGUCUCGUGGAGCAAGUACUUUAAUGUAUCUCUCCGGCAUGAUCCCUCAAUCGUAAGCUCCAGUUUUCUAACAGCUUUCAUCCUCAAGAACAAUAAGAUCAUGUUAUUGUAUGAAAGAAAUAGAUGUCAGGAAGACAGAUAUCUACGCCGAUGUCUACGAAAUGGGUGA